UGAUGUCCUCUUUUGACUCUCUAUUGCUAUUUUCCACUGUUUCUUCUUCAUCUUUGUUAAUAAAUCUGCACUGGGUUCUGAAUUAAACAUAAGAUAUACUCUCAGAGAGAGAGAGAGAGAGAGAGAGCGAAAAUGGGGUCUCUAGGAGUUGAAGUUGCAAAGAAGGCAAUGUGGCUCUAUCCAAAAGUCCUGGGCUUUAAUCCUUCAGAGAGAUGGGGGCACUCUGCUUGUUAUUCUAAUGGAUUUGUCUAUGUCUUUGGGGGAUGUCGUGGGGGUUUGCAUUUCGCGGAUGUCCUUGUUCUAAAUUUAGAUACAAUGGCUUGGAACACUCUUGUGACCAAUGGGCAGGGACCAGGUCCAAGAGACAGCCACAGUGCUGUAAUUGUGGGGCAUAGGAUGAUAGUAUUCGGGGGCACUAAUGGUUCUAAGAAGGUCAAUGAUCUUCAUAUAUUGGAUCUCAGGUCGAGAGAGUGGACACAACCUAACUGUAAAGGGGUUCCACCUUCCCCUCGCGAAAGUCACACUGCAACGCUUGUUGGUUAUGAGAAAUUGGUUAUAUUCGGGGGUAGUGGAGAGGGGGAGGCAAAUUAUUUGAAUGAUUUACAUGUUCUCGACCUCAAGACCAUGAGAUGGACUUCCCCAGAGGUGAAAGGUGAUGUUCCUGCCCCUAGGGACAGUCACAUUGCUGUUGCAGUAGGGAACAAGCUUUUCGUGUAUGGUGGAGACUGCGGUGAUCGGUAUCAAGAUGACGUUGACAUGCUUGAUAUGGAUACAUUAACUUGGUCAAGGCUAGCUGUUCAAGGAUCUUCACCUGGUUUUCGAGCAGGGCAUGCUGCAGUGAAUAUUGGAACGAAGGUAUAUGUCAUUGGAGGGGUUGGAGACAAGCAAUACUAUAAUGAUGUUUGGGUUCUUGAUAUAAAUACCUGUUCUUGGACUCGGCUUGAGAUAUGCGGCCAGCAACCACAAGGGCGGUUCUCUCAUACAGCAGUCAUUACCGAGAGAGACAUUGUCAUCUAUGGAGGGUGUGGGGAGGAUGAGCGUCCUCUUAACGAGUUAGUUGUCUUGCAGCUUGGAGCUGAACAUCCCAAAGGCUGUUACAACAUUUCCUUGUGCAAAAUUUUUGGAAAACAUUGCAACCAAGGAAAAAGAAGGUUUUCAAGAGUAGCAGAUGAUAAUUCGCAACUGAUUUUUUUUUGUUUUGUUUUUGAGACAAUUAAGUUUAUGUGUGAUUUGUGGCAGAGAACGAUGUUGGUGAAUGGCGUAGAAAGAAAGGAAGCUCAUGAGCUCGACUUAAAAUCAAAGCGGUGUUUUCAAUUCAGUUCAGAUGCUAUGCAUCCGAAGAGGAGAAGGACAAGCAGUUCAAAGACUUGGGAGAUGGAAUCGGAACCUGAAGAGCACUCUCUUUCCCUCUCCCAGCACUCAUCUCCAUCCCAAUCUGAUCAAGAACAGAAAACCCCGGUUAAGAAAGCCACUCGUUUGGUCACAACUUCUCAAGUGUUCCGUUUGUUGCAGAAAAAUCAAACUCCAAGCAAUUUCCAAAGCAGCAACGUUGUCCGAAGGACUUCACAAGAUCUCCAUGUCUUGGGAGAACAUCUCAACCUGCCGAAGUCAGAACAAAAUCGUCACAUAUUUCACACGGGUAGACAUGAAGAGCACUGUCCAGCACCUGAACAGAAAUACUUGGAGGCGGGACCCUUCCAUAACCUGAUUGGAGCAGAGAUUCGAGGUAAAGUUGAUGGGGCUUUCGACUCUGGUUACCUGAUGACUGCAACAGUCGACGGAAAGAUAUUUAGGGGGGUCUUAUUUGCUCCGGGACCUGAGGUUGUCUCAAGAAGUGCCAUUGUGAGUCAAAAUCCUCCAUCCCUAACAAGUCAUAUGGCCAUUGCUCAACCACACCACAACAUGAAUCAUGCAAGUCCAUUUGGAAGGCAUUCCCAGCUGCCAACACUGUCAAAGCGAGAACCGGUUCAGGGUCUCCGACAAGCUCAGGGUAAUCGACCAUCGCCGCCCAUUAGAGGGGCUCCAUCUUUAGGCAGGGAGACAAAGAUCAAGAGUGAUCUUCAGGGAGUGAAUCUAACACUGGCAAGUCCUGGAAGUAGCCAUGGCUAAUCAUAGAUGAGUAGGAGGAGCCUUACAUUUGAGGACCAAAAUUAGGCUCAUUUCUGUAGUCUACUUCUUGUAAUAUAUGGGAUGGAAUGUGUUUAUGUUGUUGGAAGGAAGUUGUGCUCCACAUGCACCACAUGCACACAAUCUCCUUGAUCUUGCCAUCGUAAUAAAUAAAGCAAUGCAAUACAAUAACUCAAGCCAAAAGAAAAAAAGAAAAAGAAUAAAAUCUAACAAGAAACCAAAUUAUGUUACCUCCCAAUCCCUCUCAAGAGUCCUCCAAUUCUUGGACAAAAACCCCAACUUCGCUAAAAAUAAUGAUAUUGAUGAAGUAAUAUAUUUUGUUCACUUUUGGCUCCCAGGG